CAGCUCUGUAGGAGCUUCCGCCGAAGACGACUUUCUUUCGUGUCUCGCAUGUCUUUCUCGUGUGUCGUCUCUGAAAAGAACGUGGUGGACCGGGGCGGUUCGACCGGGGAGAGAGAGUGCUCUUUCUUUUGUGCCUGCAAAGGAAAUCUUCGAGCGAAGGAAGACGCGAAGAGAAAACGGAGAAGAAGUUCGCGAGGAUGGAGAGGAAGCGCGGUGUCUGCGAGUGUCCAGAGGUCGGAAAGCGAACAGGUUUCGCGGCAGUCGAGGAUCAGUCGAAGGAAUCGAGGAAGAGCCGAGAGGAAGGAACGCGAGGAAACGAAGAACUCGACUCUUUUUCUCCCGACGCGGAAGCAGACGAGAACGAAUGGGGAAAAGAAGAAGAGGCGCCUUUGGUCGGCAGACGCGUCUUCGCACGCGAGAGAAAUCUCGCGAGCAUGCGCGAGGCUCGAGAGGGACGCAGAAGGAAUUCAAAGUCAACGUUCUGUUGUGUGUUUGAGAACUUGGUGAAAACCUGAUUUUGACGAUCCAUGUGCAUGUGUGGCUUUUUCGUUCGAUGUGAAAUGUUCGUCGGAGACGCGCCUCCCAGAGAGAGCGUUCUUCUCUGUAUUGGGUCCAGGCUUCUGAGGUGUCUCCGCCGCUCGCCGAUCCGCUGUUCGUCUCAGGUGUACAUACACCUCGCCGGUGCGGCUGUUUUUCGGAGACUCCCGUUUCGCCUUCGCCGCCACACACGUUGCCUCUCCACGCUGGGCGCGAGGCCAUUUGCGGACUUUCUUUGAGAAACGGCUUUUUCCGUCGAUCUGUGCGGAUCCCACAGGGUCUCCCUGAGCUCUCUCUCGAGGCCUUCGUAGAUCGUUGUGAAACUCUGUAUAUCUUUCUUGCUUUCUCCAGGUCUUCGUAGAUUUCUCAAAAUCAUUUGCUCCCUCUCUACGCCCUCCUCUACCGUCCAUUUACUUCAGAACGUCUUUGGCAGCUUCUCUGAAAACGGAGAGUGUGGAGGCCUGUCCCUCCUGGCUCUUCCUUGCAAGGCUUGCCGUUUCAGUUUUGACUUCUCCCCGGAAAGAAACAUCGGCGAAAUCCUCUCAGCUACACAAUCACCAAAAACGUCAAAAUACAGCAGAACGCGAAAAAGGGUGGUGUCGCAUGCACGAUCCGAAGUUUCUACGCUGCUGCUGCUUCUCUAACUCAGUGUGAAACAUGCUUUCUUCUGCUUGUAACGCGGCCAAUUUUUAUGUGGAAAAACCGGCUGUGUGUGUCGCGGGCCAUCCACCACUUUUAGCUGCGACGUCGCGGGUGGCGUUCGCGCGUCUCUUCCGCAUCGAGAGACGAGCGAGAAAAAGGAAUAAAGAAGAGAGACGGAGAAAGAACGCGAGAAGGAGGAAGGGGAGAGAAGAGAGCGAGAAGAAGCGGCGAAAGAGCAGAAGAGUGAGAGAACGACGGAAGCAGGACGCCAGGAAAAGAGUGCGAAAGACGCACAGAGGAGAGAAGC